AUGGCGACCCUCGUCCAUUCGUCAAAUAUCUUCAAGCUCCUCAAACCGGAUGCCCGGCUUCAACGGCUGGAGUACAACUUUGAGCUCCCAGUCACAGCAGAAGGAUCGGUAUGGGCUCACAUGCCCGAGCUGUUUACGAUGACUCGCGAAUCUCACAGCAGCCAAUGGGGUCACCAAGGUGGACGAGAUUUGCAGCGCUGA